AUUGCUUUAAUGAAGUCCUCAUGUAAGUUGGCACUACAGGAACUGAAGCAUUGGAUGACACCACAAAAAGUUAAAACCCCAAUUACUACUUUUCCAUCAUCAGCAGAAAUAGUUUCAGAACCAUUGGGUGUCGUAUUGGUCAUAUCAGCAUGGAACUAUCCUUUCUUGUUAUCUCUUGAACCAGUAAUUGGAGCUAUUACAGCUGGUAAUGCUGUGGUUUUGAAACCGUCAGAAGUUGCCCCAGCUACAUCGUCACUUCUUGCAAAAUUUUUAGGGGAAUAUAUGGACAGCUCUGCAGUAAAAGUUGUUGAGGGCGCUGUACCUGAAACAUCUGUACUAUUGGAGCAAAAGUGGGAUAAAAUAUUUUACACAGGAAAUGGAAGAGUGGGACGAAUUGUAGCGGCUGCUGCUGCAAAGCACCUUACACCUCUAGUUUUGGAGCUUGGAGGAAAAUCUCCUGUUGUUGUCGAUUCAGAUGUCAACCUAAUGGUCGCAGCAAGGCGAAUUAUUGUAGGCAAGUGGGGAUGCAACAACGGACAAGCCUGCAUUGCUCCUGAUUACAUCAUAACAACCAAAGAUUAUGUUCCAAAAUUGGUAGAUGCUCUGAAACUGGAGUUGGAGAAAUUCUAUGGGAUGGAUCCUCUGAAUUCCGAAGAUUUGUCUCGCAUCGUGAAUUCCAACCACUUUGCUCGCUUAAAAAAGCUAUUGGAUGAUGAUAAGGUUUCUGGUAAAAUAGUUCAUGGAGGUCAGAUGGACGAAGGCAUCCUAAAAAUUGCUCCCACUAUUUUACUGGAUGUCCCAGAAGACUCCCUGAUCAUGAAUGAGGAGAUAUUUGGUCCUUUACUUCCUAUUCUCACGGUUGACAAAGUGGAAGCUAGUUUUGGGAUGAUUAACUCCAGAGAUAAGCCACUUGCAGCAUACUUAUUUUCCAACAAAAAGAAGCUCAAGGAGGAGUUUGUAAAGACUGUUUCUGCAGGGGGGUUGGCUGUCAAUGAUACUUCUCUACAUGUUGCAGUUUCUACUUUACCAUUUGGUGGAGUUGGGGAAAGUGGAAUGGGUGCAUACCAUGGUAAAUUCUCUUUUGAUGCUUUCAGCCAUAAGAAGGCAGUUUUGUACCGUAGUUUUGCUGGUGAUGCACCGGCCAGAUACCCUCCAUACACACCUGCGAAGCUAAGAUUUCUCAAGGCUCUUUUGAACGGUGAUAUACUUGGCAUUAUUAGAGCUUUGUUUGGGUGGUAA